GCUGGGCGCCCAGAAAGCGGGAGCAUGGAGGCGGAGGCCGCGGGCAGGACUGCAGCAGGCAUUUACCCAGUGGAUAUUUUGGAAGAUGACCCUGCUGGGCAUCGGGAAGCGGCUCUGGCUUACCGUGCCACUCUUGGGGAAGGAGCAUGGCCCUCACCAGAGGUUUCUCUCUUCCCACUGGGGAGCAGUUGUGGCUGUUUACAUGAAGGAGUCUUGGUGGACCACUGAAGAUGUACUAAGAACCUCUGAUCCUGCAAGAGAAGGUCUGAUGAAGGUUCAGUCAUUUGGGGAAAGGAUUGUGCUUUUUAUUCUAAACGUCGUUAUUUUUGGAAGACUGGAGAGGAAUUUGGAUGAUGAUGACAUGUUUUUUUUACCUCACUCUGUGAAGGAGGAGGCUAAAAUUCUGUGGAGAGACGGAGCAGCUGUUGGAUUUUACACAACCAAAAGGAAAGGCAGCCUGUGUGGUGAUGGCACGGGUGUGUGCUACCUGCUGCCUGUCUUAGACACCGUGUUUGUCCGGAGGAGCCAUCGCCGCCAGGGCCUGGGCCUGGCCAUGCUGAGGGACUUCUGCCAGACGUUCCGAGAGGACGAGGCCCUGGGCAUCAGCUGGCCCAUCUCCCCUGCCAUGUACCAAGUCUGUAGGAAGUUCCUGGCGGCGCAUCCAGAGGAGCGGGGGCGCCUGUGGGAGGCGGAGCCCCCAGGAGCCUGGGGCCAGCGAGUCAACAUCUGGCUGAAGGUUCAGCUUCAACAGGCAAGGCGUCCAGAUUCUCACCCAGGAAAUUCCAAGGAGGAAGUGACUGCUCUUGGGUGCACUUCUCAAGACGGUGGACCCGGAAUAUCCCAUAAUGGAGAAGACAACAAGGAGAGGAUCAGUGGAGAAGAAGUGGAGAAGAAUGAUCAAGAUUGCGCAGUGACAGAAGCAGCUGGGUGGCUUGCGAGAGCAUGCUGGGCUGAGCAGGAGGGGAAGGAAGCCAAGAGGACGGCGGUGGAUGCUGGGCUGCCCCCAGGGUCGUGGCGGAAGCACAUGCGUCCCAGCUCCUAACCCCUAACUCGCAGAGGCUGAGCUGAGUCCACCGAGAGGCUUGCCUAGGUUCCAGGGGACGUGGGUUUGAGAGCUACCUGCCACUCCAUGCUCCUGUCGCUGGGAGCUGGCCUCUGUCCUUGCUGUGCUGUCAUUUGAGGAGCAAAUGACCACACAGACCUUCCUACCUCAGGCUUGAUGUGUGGGCUCAGGUGAUGGGAAGCCUGAGAAGCCCCCCAUUUAAUCCGAAGGUGCUGUACAGGGGCAAGUAAUCAUUUUCCCACGCUCAGAUUUCAGAAGCCCAUUCGUUAAACCUAACAUGGUUUCUCUUGCUCAGGAUGAAUUUGUGAAGACUGCACUGGAACCGCAUGACUACGCCUCUUUCUUCAGCACAAGGAAGCCCAGGGCUGCCCCGUCCACACUGCAGAAAUCCCUCUGGGGUUUGCCCAUGACAGCUCUGCUGUAACUGCGAGACCCCAGACACCAGAGGGGGUUUCCAAGGAGACAUGUUUCUUUCUGGAGAAGCUUCAGCCACGUCGGAAGCUCCCUGAGGUCAGGACCAGGCUGCCUGGUGCACACCCAGGCCUCUGGCUCACGUCUGGCUGGUGCAGGAGGCGCUCAGAGUGGACUCCAGGCGGGCACCAGGAUCGUAGCAGCACCUACUUCCCAAGGGAACCACCAGAGGGGACUUCAGGCUGAUGGCCCUUCUAUAGUAUUGGUGCCUUCAGCGGACAGGCUUGUACUAAUAAAGGUGACUGUAAAGGUGACAUCCUGGCCUGCAUGUGACAGCAGCCCCCCUUUCUACAUACCUACACAGCCCUGCUCCGGCACGUGCCCAGCCGCCGUCAGGGUUCCUGCCCCCCCAGACCUCAGUGAGGACAGGCGAGGCUGGCCGUGGCAAGUGCUGAAGCCUGUUCACAGGGCAAGGCACAGUCCAGGCAGCUUCACGAGGUCUCAGAGCCUGUCUCCUGAGAUUGGGAUGGGCUUUCUCUGCAGUCAGCAUGGGCUCUCCCAGGGUCAGCAGGAUUCUUUCCAGGGAAGGCUGGUCAGGUCGUCCUGGGGCGGGCAACCCAAGUGCCGCCUUGACUUCUGGGGAGUGCAAACCUGAUUGUAUCACCAAGGACACCCCACCCCCUCUGUGGCUCGACACUGUCUUUGCAGCACUCAGGGCCUGUCACAGAGGGCCCCGCUGACGCCGCACCUGCCUCUGGGCUCGCCCGCCCUGUCUUCUGUUGCCUGGCUGCCUGGGCCUCUCCAUCCUCAGACACACCAGGGUCUCACUUAGGGUCUGCUGGGGGUCUUUGCCUUCCCCGCCCUCACCACUCCCUCCUGCACGCAUGCAUGCGCGCGCGCGCACACACACACACACACACACACACGCACACACACGCACACACGUUAGUCAGGCUCAUUCCUGCUUACACAUCUGGUUUCAGCUCAGGUGUCCUCUCUUUCCCACAUGGCCUCUAAGCACUCGUCACUCGCUGGGCCUCUCUGAGCCUCCACCAGGGUCAGCCUGGGGUGGCUGAGUGUCAGCUCCGACCUGGCCCUUGGUAACUGGUGGGGGGUGGAUGGUAACAUGUCACCUCAGGAGUGAGGGGUGACACCUUCCUUCUGUUCCUCUGCUGCUAGACCCUGGAGAGGUGGGUGGAAGGACAGUUUCAACCUUUUAGGGAUUUAGUGAAGUCCAUCCUGGAGGCUGGGGGUGGGAAGAAGACGACCGGUGCCGAGUGCUGGCAAGAUACUUACUUGCUGCUUCCCUGAGUGGUUAAAGGGUACAUGGGGUGGGACCUCUGUUACUUAUUUACUCACCCAUGUGUCCAUCCAUCCAUCCAUCCUCCCACCCAUCCAUUUCCCUGUCCCUCUCUUGCUCUCUCCCUCCAUCUCUCUGCUCAUCUUCCCACCCACGAAUUUACCCAUUUGUUCACAUCCAUCCAUCCAUCCAUCCAUCCAUCUAUCCAUCCUGCUGUACAAUAGACAUUCAGUAUGCUUGCUCAGGGCCAAGCCCUGUGCUGGGCACAGGGGACAUACAGAUAAGUGAAGCAUGGUCCCUGGACUCAAGGAAACUUUUCUGGAAGGGUCCCUCCUGGAAUCUUCCAAUACGCUUGUCUCUCUUACAUUCGUUAGAAAGAGGGAUGAGUCCAACUGAACAGAAAGUUUAGAGCUCCGUACGGAGAUGUAAAGUCCCCCAGUGCAUGUAGGCUCUCUGGGAAGGAGGCACAGUGGUCUCAAGUCUGUAGUGGAGGGGCUGCUGUGUGUGACGUCAGACGUAACCUUUCACACGUGGUGUAGAUGUGAGCUGUGAACAUUUCACUGUUUGAGACAAAUCACUGGUACUUUCUGUUUAUGAGGAAAUGAACUGAUCAAAGUGGCUCAGGGGUUUGAUGAAGUUACUAUCAAUAAGAGAAUCCUCCCAAGGAAGAAAAACUGAUGUGUUGAUGUAAUUCAUUUAAAGAUGUACGAACAGGGCUUCCCUGGUGGCGCAGUGGUUGAGAGUCCACCUGCCAAUGCAGGGGACACGGGUUCGUGCCCCAGUCCGGGAAGAUCCCACAUGCCACGGAGUGGCUGGGUCCGUGAGCCAUGGCCGCUGAGCCUGUGCUCCACAACGGGAGAGGCCACAACAGUGAGAGGCCCGCCUACCGAAAAAAAAAAAAAAAAAAAGAUGUACGAGCAAACCACGUGGUGUUAGAGAGAAACGUGGAGCUCAGAGCAGCCUCUCCCUGGCAGCACACAGCCCUGUCGGUGUGGGGUCUGUGCAGGGUUCCUUCCAAGUGGCAGGGGUGCAUGAAGACUGUCAGAUAGGCUGUGUGCGUGGUGUGUUUUAUUUUUAUUUUUUAAAAAUUUAUUUAUUUUUUUAUUGGAGUAUAAUUGCUUUACAAUGUUGUUUUAGUUUCUGCUAUACAAUGAAGUGAAUCAGCUAUAUGUAUACCUAUAUCCUCUCCUUCUUGGACCUUGGAUCUCCCCUCCCUCCCCCAUCCCACCCAUCUAGAUUGUCACAGAGCACCAAGCUGAGCUUCCUGUGCUUUAUAGCAUGUUCUCGCUAGCUAUCAGUUUUACACAUGGUAGUGUAUAUAUGUCAAUCCUAAUCUCCCAAUUUGUCCCACCCUCCCCUUCCCACCCUGUGUCCACACGUCCGUUCUCUACGUCUGUAUCUCUAUUUCUACCCUGCAAAUAGGUUCAUCUGUACCGUUUUUCUAGAUUCCACAUAUAUGCGUUAAUAUACAAUAUUUGUUUUUCUCUUUCUGGCUUACUUUGCUCUGUAUGACAGACUCUAGGUCCAACACAUCUCUACAAAUGACCCAAUUUCGUUCUUUUUUAUGGCUAAGUAAUAUUCCAUUGCAUAUAUGUACCACAUCUUCUUUAUCCAUUCAUAUGUUGAUGGACACUUAGGCUGUUUCCAUGUCCUGACCAUUGUAAAUAGUGCUACAAUGAACAUUGGGGUACAUAUGUCCUUUUGAAUUUUGAAUUAUGGUUUUCUCAGGGUAUAUGCCCAGUAGUGGGUUGCUGGGUCAUAUGAUAGUUCUAUUUUUAGUUUUUUAAGGAACCUCCAUACUGUUCUCCAUAGUGGCUGUAUCAAUUUACAUUUCCACCAACAAUGCAAGAGGGUUCCCUUUUCUCCACACCCUCUCUAGCAUUUACUGUUUGUAGAGUUGUUUUUUUUUCUGUCGGUACGCAGGCCUCUCACUGUUGUGGCCUCUCCCGUUGUGGAGCACAGGCUCCGGAUGCCCAGGCUCAGCGGCGAUGGCUCAUGGGCCCAGCCGCUCCAUGGCAUGUGGGAUCUUCCUGGACCAGGGCACGAACCCGUGUCCCCUGCAUUGGCAGGCAGACUCUCAACCACUGCGCCACCAGGGAAGCCCUGUAGAUUUUUUGAUGAUGGCCAUUCUGACUGGUGUGAGGUGAUACCUCAUUGUAGUUUUGAUUUGCAUUUCUCUAAUAAUUAGUGAUGUUGAGCAUCUUUUCAUGUGCCUCUUGGCCAUCUGUAUGUCUUCUUUGGUGACAUGUCUAUUUAGGUCUUCUGCCCAUCUUUUAAUUGGGUUGUUUGAUUUUUUGAUAUUGAGCUCCAUGAACUGUUUGUAUAUUUUGGAGAUUAAUCCUUUGUCAGUUGCUUCAUUUGCAAAUAUUUUCUCCCAUUCUGAGGAUUGUCUUUUUGUCUUGUUUAUGGUUUCCUUUGCUGUGCAAAAGCUUUUAAGUUUAAUUAAGUCCCAUUUGUUUAUUUUUGUCUUUAUUUCCAUUACUCUAGGAUGUGGGUCAAAAAGAUCUUGCUGUGGUUUAUGUCAAAGAGUGUUUUUCCUAUGUUUUCCUCUAAGAGUUUUAUAGUGUCCAGUCUUACAUUUAGGUCUUUAAUCCAUUUUGAGUUUAUUUUUGUGUACAGUGUUAGGUAGUGCUCUAAUUUUAUUCUUUUAUAUGUAGCUGUCCAGUUUUCCCAGCACCACUUAUUGAAAAGGCUGUCUUUUCUCCAUUGUAUGUUCUUGCCUCCUUUGUCAUAAAUUAGAUGACCAUAUGUGCGUGGGUUUAUCUCUGGGCUUUCUAUCCUGUACCAUUGAUCUAUAUUUCUGUUUUUAUGCCAGUACCAUACAGUCUUGAUUACUGUAGGUUUGUAGUAUAGUUUGAAGUCAGGGAGUCUGAUUCCUCCAGCUCCGUGUUUCUUUCUCAAGAUUGCUUUGGCUAUUCGGGGUCUUUUGUGUUUUCAUACAAAUUGUAAAAUUUUUUUUGUUCUAAUUCUAUGAAGAAUUCCAUUGGUAAUUUGAUAGGGAUUGCAUUGAAUCUGUAGAUUGCUUUGGGUAGUAUUUUCAUUUUCACAAUAUUGAUACUUUCAAUCCAAGAACAUGGUAUAUUUCUCCAUCUGUUUAUGUCAUCUUUGAUUUCUUUCAUCAGUGUUUUAUAGUUUUCUGAGUAUAGAUUUUUGCCUCCUUAGGUAGGUUUAUUCCUAAGUAUUUUAUUCUUUUUGUUGUGAUGGUAAAUGGGAUUAUUUCCUUAAUUUCUCUUUCUGAUUUUUCGUUGUUAAUGUAUAGGAAUGCAAGAGAUUUCUGUGCAUUAAUUUUGUAUCCUGCAACCUUACCAAAUUCAUUGAUUAGUUCUAGUAGUUUUCUGGUGGCAUCCUUAGGAUUUUCUAUGUAUAGUAUCAUGUCAUCUGCAAACAGUGACAGUUUUACUAUUUCUUUUGCAGUUUGGAUUCCUUUUAUUUCUUUUUCUUCUCUGAUUGCUGUGGCUAAAACUUCCAAAACUAUGUUGAAUAAUAGUGGUGAGAGUGGACAUCCUUGUCUUCUUCCUGAUCUUAGUGGAAAUGCUUUCAGUUUUUCAGCAUUGAGAAUGAUGUUUGCUGUGGGUUUGUCAUAUAAGACCUUUAUUCUGUUGAGGUAGGUUCCCAUUUUCUGGAGAGUUUUUAUCAUGAAUUGGUGUUGAAUUUUGUCAAAAGCUUUUUCUGCAUCUAUUGAGAUGAUCGUAUGUUUUUUAUUCCUUAAUUUGUUUAUAUGGUGUGUCACAUUGGUUGAUUUGCAUAUAUGGAAGAAUCCUUGCGUUCCUGGGAUAAAUCCCACUUGAUCAUGGUGUAUGAUCCUUUUAAUGUGUUGUUGGAUUCUGUUUGCUAGUAUUUUAUUGAGGAUUUUUGCGUCUAUGUUCAUCAGUGAUAUUUGUCUGGAAUAUUCUUUUUUUGUGAUAUCAUUAUCUGGUUUUGGUAUCAGGGUGAUGGUGGCCUUGUAGAACGAAUUUGGGAGUGUUCUUCCCUCUGCAAUUUUUUGGAGAAGUUUCAGAAGGACAGGUGUUAGCUCUCCUCUAAAUGUUGGGUAGAAUUCGCCUGUGAAGCCAUCUGGUCCUGGACUUUUGUUUGUUGGAAGAUUUUUUAAUUACAAUUUCAAUUUCAUUACUUGUGAUAGGUCUGUUUAUAUUUUCUAAUUCUUCCUGGUUCAGUCUUGAGAGAUUGUACCUUUUCAAGAAUUUGUCCAUUUCUUCCAGGUUGUCCAUUUUAUUGGCAUACAGUUGUCUGUAAUAAUCACUUAUAAUCCUUUGUAUUUCUGCGGUGUCAGUUGUGAUUUCUCCUUUUUCAUUUCUAAUUUUAUUGAUUUGUGUCCUCUCCCUUUUGUUCUUGAUGAGUCUGGCUAAAUGUUUAUCAAUUUUGUUCAUCUUCUCAAGGAACCAACUUUUAGUUUUGUUGAUCUUUGCUAUUGUUUUCUUGUUUUCUAUUUCAUUUAUUUCUGAUAUGAUCUUUAUGAUUUCUUUCCUUCUACUGACUUUGGGUUUUCUUUGUUCUUCUUUCUCUAGUUGCUUUAGGUGUAAGAUUUGAUUGUUUAUUUGAGAUUUUUCUUGUUCUUGAGGUGAGAUUGAAUUGCUAUAAAAUUCCCUCUUAGAACUGCUUUUGUUGCAUCCUAUAGGUUUUGGGUUGUCAUUUGUUUCUAUGUGUUUUUUAAUUUCCUCUUUGAUUUCUUCAGUGAUCUCUUGAUUAUUUAGUAGCGCACUGUUUAGCUUCCAUGUAUUUGUGUUUUUUACAGUUUUUUUUUUCCUGUAAUUGAUUUCUAAUCUUAUAGUGUUGUGGUCAGAAAAGAUGCUUGAUACAAUUUCAAUUUUCUUAAAUUUUCUGAGGCUUGAUUUGUGACCCAAGUUGUGAUCUAUCCUGGAGAAUGUUCUGUGUGCACCUGAGAAGAAAGUGUAUUCUGCCACUUUUGGGUGGAAUGUCCUAUAAAUAUCAAUUAAAUCUAUCUGAUCUGUUGUGUCAUUUAAAGCUUGUGUUUAUUUAUUUAUUUUCUGUUUGGAUGAUCUGUCCAUUGGUGUAAUUGGGGUGUUAAAGUCCCUUACUAUUGUGUUACUGUUGAUUUCCCCUUUUAUGGUUGUUAGCAUUUGCCUUAUGUAUUAAGCUGCUCCUAUGCUGGGGACAUAAAUAUUUAUAAUUGUUAUAUCUUCUUUUGGAUUGAUCCCUGAUUAUUAUGUAGUGUCCUUCCUUAUCUCUUGUAACAGUCUUUAUUUUAAAUAAAGUCUGUUUUAUCUG